CACAAGUUACCUUUUCAGCACUUUGGCGUAAAGUUGGAAACUUCUUGUCCUUUAGAACGUUUUGAUGAAGAUGCUGUAAAAGUGACAAAAGUGACAAAUCUAAAACUAGUACCAAUGUCAUCAACAUGUCAUGGUAACCAAACAACAUGCCUAAGAAUUCAAUGCUCUAACAAUCUGAUAUGACAAAAUGGAUGGCAGCAGAGUUGUUGUGGUUCUGCCAGCUGGAGGAUGCAGCAUGAGAAUGAACACUGACACCCCUAAACAAUACAUGACCAUCCUGAACAGACCGUUACUGAGUUAUACAAUAGAGGCAUUUGAAAGGAUAUCUUGGGUUGAACAAAUCAUAGUGGUCACAGCUAAAGAGCAAAUUGAGUUUGUGAAUAAAGAAAUCCUCCCCAAAUAUGGCCAUAGCAAGACAUGCAUCACUGAAGGCGGUACUACAAGGCAUCAUUCCAUAUAUAAUGGUGUUAAACACAUUGCUAGUGUGUUUGUUGGAAAGCCUGAUAUAGUUGUGGUACAUGAUGCAGUGAGACCAUUUGUGGAUGAACACCUUUUGGGAGAGUUGGUCAGUGAGGCCAAAAGACAUGGGGCAUCUGCUGCUAUCCGACCCUUGGUUUCCACAGUGAUUGCUGUAAACAAAGAGGGAUUUCUAGAUGAAUCCUUGGAGAGAAGCAAAUACAGAGCCAGCGAGACACCACAAACUUUCCAGUAUGACAUCAUCAAAUCUGCCUAUGAAAAGUGUUCCGACUAUGACUUUGAGUUUGGAACAGAAUGCCUCCACCUUGCCUUACAAUAUACUGGGACAAGUGCCAAGCUGGUAGAGGGCUCUUCAGAUCUCUGGAAGGUUACAUAUAAGAAAGACUUCUAUGCAGCUGAGGGUAUAUUAAAAGAAAGAAGCACAAGUGUUAGGUUGCUAUAUAAGAAUGAAGAGAGCAUUGCAUGUACAGUACACAGUGCCCUGGAGGCUGCUGGAAUAAAGACAAACAAGGAAAUAAUCUCCAACAAUGACAUAUCUACAAUGACACAUAAUUGUUUGGUUCUCGUCCAUGAUGUCAACACAGCAAUGGACACAAUAAAACAACUACAUAAUACUGAGGGCCAAAGGGUCACUGCGAACUGUGGAAGUAUUAUCAUUCAUGUGCUUCAGAUAGCUGCAACUUCUGAACGUUUUAGUUUACAUAGAAAAUUCCAAAAUCUCAUGAGGGAAUGUAGCAGAGAGACGAGAGAUACCUGUGUCAAUGGAGUACUGUUCGAGGGCUCCAGCAUGGAAGACAAAAUGUGUGCAAUAAUACAGAACUUAAUCAGGGACAGGAACAUAGUAUUCACUGGGCAAGUCUUCCUGGUUGGAGAGAUAUGA